GAUGUUGACAAUGUGAGCUCCUGAGAGACGCAACAUUAGGAACAGCUGAAGAGCAACAACAAAAACACGUACCACAUAUGUCCGUGUAAAACGCGGCUAAAUCGACGCUAAUACCGUCUCGAAGAGGACUUUUGGACCUUGCGAGCCCGCCGGUUCGUCGAUAAGAGUCAGAAUGGGGCGCAUCUUUCUGGACCACAUCGGCGGAACCCGCCUGUUCUCCUGCGCCAACUGUGACACGAUCCUGACCAAUCGCUCCGAGCUCAUCUCCACCCGAUUCACGGGUGCCACCGGCAGAGCCUUCCUCUUCAACAAGGUGGUGAACCUCCAGUACAGCGAGGUCCAGGACCGCGUGAUGCUGACGGGCCGGCACAUGGUCCGAGACGUCAGCUGCAAGAACUGCAACAGCAAGCUGGGCUGGAUCUACGAGUUCGCCACCGAGGACAGCCAGCGCUACAAGGAGGGACGAGUCAUCCUGGAGCGGGCGCUGGUCCGGGAGAGCGAAGGCUUCGAGGAGCACGUCCCCUCCGACAACUCCUGAACACGGCGAGCGCCGCGUCGCUUCUUUGCCGCCGCCGCCGUCGUCGUGCCCACCGACUCGACCAAUCUGUUCAGCGAGUUCACAAACAAAAGCGUUAGGUAGGAUUUUGACUUCCUUUCCGGGGGCGGGUGGGGGCAAACGAACGCCUUCUUCAGGCAACGCCUUGGUUUGCUGCGGCCGUGCGUUCCAUUUGGACUCAGCUGUCAGAUACGUGCAAUCGACCAAUUUACCGAUUGUUCCUCAAUUUUUUUCCCCCGUAUUAUUCAUAUUUUCCCGGAAAGGGUGACUCGUUUUCUGGGGGUUCCAAACUCCAGCUUCACUCCAUUGGUUGCUUCGAGACACGUUGAAAGUUUCAAUCUAUUUAACCGAUUAUUUGUUCAUUUUAUCUGAUUAUUAUUAUUAUUAUUAGAGCUGGGCAAGUACUGAUACCAGUGAUCAGUGCCUGGCAAAUAGGCUUUUGUUCACAAUUAUCUGUUAUUGUGUUCAUGUAAAUUGUUUGUCAGUCGUAGUAGUGAGUACUCAAGAAUGAAUACUCGUACUGGUAUCGGUCUGGGGACGAAAAAGUGGUCUUGAACAUGAAGUAAAAUUGACAUUAAGUGCUCUGAAUUCCUGUUUUGACAGAUAACGCGGUUGAGCUAGUAGCGUAGCUCGACGUCCGUUUUUCUCCAUUUAUUUCUAGUCGCGGUUGAUCAAUAGUCCCACACCAAAUUCCAAACAAUUUUUUUUUAAAUUAAAGAGGGAGGAAGAAUGAACAUGAAGGUAAAAUUGCUUUCUGUAUGUGCUCAAGUUUUGCUACCACACCCAUCUCAGAGAAGCGAGCAUAGCACUUGCAUAGCGUACUUUUUUUCGUUUUCAGACACGAUUAAAUCGACGAAUCUGCAACAAAUUCUUAUUGCUCCAUUUUUUUGGAUUAUCGUCAGUACUUGGAAGGGAGGAGUGAAUAUUCAGAAGUCCUUUUUCCACACACUCUUCGAAAACAUUUGAUUAGCGUCGAUGUAGCUUGACGUCACGCGGUAUUUGGGAAAAUGGCAUUAAAUCGACAACCCCGCACCAAAUUUUUACAGGGGAAGCGACGAAUUCGAUUGCUCUAUUCGUGUUCUUAACUCCUAUUUUUACACCAGCAUCAUCCCUACGAGGGGAAUAGCGGCGUCGCGCUGACGUAGCUCGACGUCCCACUCCAUUACCGCGCCGUCGCUUCAAGGCAUGAUUAAUAGAGAAACUCUGUCGCUUCAAGACCCGACUAAUCAAUUCCGCAUAAUUGCCCGACUUCUCAACCAUCAAUUAACGAUGAUCAACAAUAACGUGACAUCGCUCGCCUCGAUUUCCAGCGCCGACUUUUCCUUUUAUUAGCGCGAUAGCCUGCGUCAACAGCAACAAUGAAAAGCCUCCCCUUUGACGUCACCGAGCUAAAGGCGACGGUUAGCUUGACGCCGGGUUUAAUUACGCCGCGUUGUUGUCGCCGCGGCGUUGCUAACCGGUCACCGUGGAGCCCGUCGGCUAACCGGGCUUUGCGCGCAUCUGGCCUCCUCUGUUCAUAAAACCGCGUUUGUCAGAUUUAGCCGAUCUCGCGCUAAACACUCGAGCGCCGGCGGAGAUUAGCGGCUUUUCGUCUCGGCCUCGUUCGAAAUCAACCUCGAUCAUUUAAUUUAACUCUUCUUUGUAAUAAACACAAAGGGAAAAUAAGAGUAUUUGUGGAUGGUUUUCUACAAUAAACUGUUGACAUUUGUUUAUAUUUUUCCACUUGGCUUUUGAACAGUUCAACAAUUUUAAUUCGCUCUAUGAUUUGAGUUAUUAUUUCACUGAUGUGUGCAUUCUCAUGAUUGUAAAAAAGAAAAAAAAUUGUGCUUUAAACAAAAUAUAUGGCUGAUGUUAUGUUUUUUCCGUGUGGGCUUUUGUGUCCUGAAUGAAUCAUUCAAAUCUUGUCCGGUGGUACUGGAAAAAUCUUCUAGGACCGGGGUGUCGAACUCAUUUUUAAUCGCGGGCCACAUCGUAGUUACGGUUUUUGUCAGAGGGCCGUUAUGACUGAAACCAUGAAAAAUCUUUCAUUGACCCAUCAUAUUC